GACGCGCUCCGCACCCUGCCUGGACGGCCGCCACUGGAUUCCAAGGAUGUGGGCUCGACCGCCUCAACGGGGGUCGCCGGAAGUCAGCGCGGGCGUCACGGCUGCCAAUAUGGAGCUUCCGUCGGCAGCGGCCGUUGCUGCUGUCCGCGCCGGCCGUUGCUGCUAGCGGAGCCCGCCGUUGCUGCCAUCGCGCUCGCCGCUGCUAUCGGAGGCGCCCACCAUUAGUGCCAUCCGCGCCCGUUGCUGCCGGGCGCUACAAACUUCAGUCGUUGUUGCUACGAACUCUGGCCGCUGUUGCUCCAAAAUCCGGCCACCGUUGCUGCGAAGGCCGGCAGCUGGUGCUACAAAGGACGGGCAGCGCGGCUACAUGGAGUAGGCGGCGCUGCUGCAAAGGGCCGGCAGCGCUGCUACAUGGAGCGGGCGGCGCGGCUACAUGGAGCCAGCGGCGCUGCUGCAAAGGGCCGGCGGCUCCGACUACAUGGAGCAUGCGGCGCUGCUACAUGGAGCGGGCGGCGCUGCUGCAAAGGGCCGGCCGCGCUGCUACAUGGAGCGGGCGGCGCUGCUGCAAAGGGCCGGCCGCGCUGCUACAUGGAGCCGCCGACGCUGCUACGACGGGUCGGAGGUGCUGCUACAUGGAGCUGGCAGUGCUGCUGUGAAGGUCGGCCGCCGGCCGCCGAUGCUACGACGGGCGGACAGAGCUGCUACAUGGAGCUGGUGGAGCUGCUGCGAAGGUUGGCCGCCGAUGCUUCAACGGCGGUCGGGCGGCGCUGCUGCGACGGCCGCCGGUGCACAUGGAGCGGGGCGGUGAUGCGACGCCAUGUCGUCGGAACGUCAAGAGAGUACGGGUGGGUUUUUUUCCCGAGCCAGCGAGAGAAGAGAGAGAUGAAAGCGACGUGAGAGAAAGCCACAUCAACUAGGUCCACCUAGAUGAAAAGGAAAGCCAGGUUUGACCAGUAGCAGAUCGAACGGAUCCCUCGCCUUAAUCGGACGGAUGCGGACCCGGGGAUCGGAAAUCUAAUCCCCCGGGGGACGCUCAGCACUAUCCCUUCCGAUUGUAAGUUAGCGGAUCGCGAUGCUGCGUUGGAGUCGGCCGGAACCCAUAGUACCCGACGUUUUCAACCACUUUCAGUUCCCGACCUUGAUCCCAGAGAGAGACUGGUCGGAGCUGCCGCUGGACGCCAUCUCGUACAUCCUCCGCAAGCUCGACCUGGUCGAGCUCGUCAAGGGCAGCGUGGCCGCCGUGUGCAGCUCCUGGCGCCGCGCCGCGCGCCACGAGCCCGAGCUGUGGCGCCGCAUCGACAUUAGCUUCCGUUUCCCGGGCAAACUCGACGGCAUCGCCCGUCGCGCCGUGUGCCUCAGCGCGGGGCAGUGCCAGGAUUUCUGCGGCCAGCACCUGGACGACGACUUCCUGCUCUUCCUCGCCCACCGGGCACCAUUGCUGAGAUGUCUUCGCCUCAAAUUCUGCUAUAGAAUCACCGAUGAAGGAUUUGCUGCUGCCAUUACUAACUUUCCUCUGCUUGAGGAGCUUGAGCUCGAUCUGUGUCAUGGUAUAGAUGACACUGGGGUGUUUGAGCAUGUCGCCAGAUCUUGUCCACGGAUGAAGCAUAUCACAUAUACAAAAUACCUCGGCUUUGACUUUGACUUUGAUAUUACGGAUCCCAACAAUGACCGGGAAGCCCUGGCAAUCGCAAGUAUGCCGGAACUACGAACCCUGCAGCUUUUUCGUGAUAAGCUCACUAAUGCAGGGCUGGCAUCUAUCAUUGACAAUUGCCCCCACCUGGAAUCCCUCGACUUGACAGGUUGCCGCAAUAUCACCAUGGAUGAUGCCCUACGAGCUAUGUGUUCUAGGAUCAAGAAAAAAACAAUACUUCCUUCCUUCAAGGACCACCAUGCCAGUGCGAUUAAUUAUCGCCCGAUCAGGACUUUAGGAUCCAUUUAUUGGAGAGAUAUAGCAGACGCUGCAGCCAAAUACAUUGCCGGCGAUGAUUCGGUCCCCAAGGAGUCCCGUUAUUCUUACUGCUACUACCUUGGUGAGGACGAUGAGAUUAAUCUAGAAUACUAUGAUAGGAUACUGGACAAGAGCAUGCGGAGAUAUAAAAUGUAGAUGGAAUGGUAUCAUGCAGGCCCUAGAUGUUUUGAUGGAAGUGCGCAUAUGCUGCCCCUGUACUGACUUCUUGCUCACCAAUUCACUGUAUUUUGCUGCUUUGGUGUGCUCCUGUCUCGGCAAGUUUCCGCCUGGGCAUUCAUCAUCCCAUCUGCACCUGCUACACUGCUACUAUAGGUCGAGGACAUUGCUCCGUAUUUUUGUCCACAACCUUACUAUGAUGUGUGGCGGAGGUGCUACAAAUGGCAGAUGACGAAAUGGUGUUCUCGUGCUGCUACAAACGAUGCUCGAUGUUGCUACCUCUGAAAUCGGAUUUUCAGGAUUUUUGCUGCAGAUUUUUUUCAUAAUUCUAUUAUGUUGGCUACAAUUGUUAUGCGGUUU